AUGAGCUCCGGAGACGCCCGGCAGCGGCCGCCUUCCACGGGACCCGGCGGGGCUCACUUGCGGAGCCCUCGCUUUCUCCCGCCGCUCUUGCUGCUGCUGCUGUCGCCGUGGCCACUUCGGGCCCAGGUGCCCACCGGGGCGGGCCCGUGGGUCGCCCCCGGCUGCCCCGCGUCGUGUGCGUGCGCGCCGGGCGGCCAGGCUAACUGCUCGGGGCGCGCGCUGUCCGCCGUGCCGGCCGGCCUGGACCAGCGCGUGCGCGCCCUGCUGCUGGACCACAACCGCGUGCGCGCGCUGCUGCGCCUGGACCUCCGCGACAACGGGCUGCUCGUGGUGGACGCGCGGGCCUUCUGGGGUCUGACGGCCCUGCAGCAGCUCGACCUGGGCGCCAACCAGCUGGAGGCGCUGGCGCCGGGGACCUUUGCGCCGCUGCGCGCGCUGCGCACCCUCUCGCUGGCCGGCAACCGGCUGGCGCGCCUGGACCCCGCGGCGCUGGGCGCGCUACCCGCGCUGCGCGAGCUCAGCCUGCAGAACAACGCGCUGGCGGCGCUGGCGCCCGGCGUGCUCGGCCGCCUGCCCGCGCUCCGAGCGCUGCGCCUGCCCGGCAACCCCUGGGUGUGCGGCUGCGCACUGCGCCCGCUCUGCGCCUGGCUCCGCCGCCAGCCGCGACCCCCGCCAGGGACCGAGACGCCGCGGUGCGUGUGGCCCGGCCGCCUGCCGCCCAGCCCCCUGGCCGCCCUCCCCGACGCCGCCUUUCGCCACUGCGCGCGGCCCCUGUCCGCGCGGGACCUGGCCGUGGUCUGCGCGCUCGGGCCUGGCUCCUUCCUCGCCAGCCUAGCCGCCUGCCUGGCGCUGGGCACCGCGCUGGCCGCCUGCCGCCGCCGCCGCGCCGCCGCCCACCGCCCGCCGCCCCGAGCGCCCGAGCCCGCCGCGAGCGCCUGA